AUGCAGGAGAAGUUCCGAGAAACCCUCGGGUCUCUUUCACCAGAACUCUCUUUCCUCUUCAUCAUAGUCAAAGGCAUCACGGUCUCAGACCUCAACCACCACUCACUACCCUGGUCAUUCAACAAGCACACCGCCGGCGCGCUGCCAGCAACCCAAGUGACCACCGACCGCAGUCGGUUUCUCGUAGUCUACAACACUAUCCACAUUAUUCUGUUUCGAGUCAUACUGGGCGCUCAAAUGCUGCGCAAACUAUUCGCACAACGCAAGCAGCUCAUCCAGUACAUGAACUUCUUACACGCACAGAUCAUGAUGAUGUUCGUGUAUCCGAUCUACGAAGUGUUGUUCCGCUUUGUUGAAGGAUCGAAUUUCCAGCUUCCUGUAAUUUUGUUGCUGCCUUUGAUGGUGGUUGUUAUAAAAAAUAUUGUGUUGAGAUGUACAAAGCACGUGGAAGAUAUGACGCCGGAGCUGGUAAUUUUUACUGUGGACUUCUUCAACGCCAUCUACGUGGCUACGUGCAUGCAGAGCGCCACGUCGGCCCUCGCAAUCUCCGCCAUCAUUAUGACGGAUCUCUCGCAGACGAUGAUCAUGUUGUAUGGCCUGCACCACCGAACUAAUGGCAUCUUAGCAAGGUUACAGGCUGUAAUACCGGGAGUUGGCAAUCUGAAUAACUUGCUGGCUGCGUCGUGCUGCCUGUGUCGAAACACCGAAGUGCUGGGUCAGCCGACUCGAAGUGGGAUAAAUACUUUCUCGCAUUUCCCGCAUCGACUGCCAACAGCGGAUAACAUCCUUCUAAAGAAGCUGAAUGGAGCGUCUAAGUCGCGAGGGGUUGUAUCGCCUCCGACCGUCGCGGACAUUCCAUCUCGCGAGAAUACUCGAAAGUCAUCCGCGCUGUGUAUCAUUUGUACCAGGAAGCGCAGCAAAGAAAUUCAUCCGAGCACACCCAGUAAUGGUGAUGCAGAGGGUACCCGAGUACCAGUCGACUCGGAGCCACUGAGAUUCCUGAGCUAUUCACUUGAGACGUUCUUCACGAUCGAAUGCCUCGUCGUCACCUCCUAG